AUGAGCAUAAUGACGUCGGGAUCGAAUUCGAAAUUUAUCAGAGAAGUGAAAGUAAAUGGGAUACCAGUUAAGACAUUUAUAGAUCUCGGUAGUGAGGUCUCGCUUAUGCAACAGACUUUGGCAUCUUCUCUCGGACUUGCUUGUAGUUAUCCUCCUAGACCCCUUAAGGGUUUUGGAAACAAUGUUAUUAGCUCUAUUGGUGGAGUUAGGGUUGAUCUGUGUGUUGACGAUGUUAGUGCAGAUGUCGUUUGUCAUGUUGUAGAAGAUGGAUUUCUGGAAACGCCUUUAUUAAUGGGCCAGUCGUUUACAGAGCAGGCUCAUAUACUAGUUAAUAUUAUUUAA